AUUUUGGACUCGGAACUUCAGCACACACCAACUUCGGCCGCAGACCGUCCUCCACAAUGAUAUCUUCACUCCUCUGGGUGCGCAAAGGCGCUGCUCAAGAAAAGCCCGACAAGUUCAAGCUGACCGAGGAGGAGUUCUCUAAAGUCGCCGAAAAAAUCGGUGCCCGUCUCGACGACGCCCGUGAGGACUUGCAGGUUGCCGGAAAAGGCAGCGAUAACGACGAUGAAGACGAAAUGGCCGUAGACGAGCCCACCGAUGCCGAAAAAGCUGCGGCGGCCAACGGCGAGGAUGACGAGCUUGCUGAGUACAAUCUUGACAACUACGACGACGACUCGGAGGAGGAGAAGGAGGCCGACGGGUUGGAGUCUGUCAAUAUCCCUCUGUUCAGCAAGAUCCAAGGGUUGACCUUCCACGGCUCGAAUGAGGAGGACCCAUACGUGUCUGUGCAGGACGAUGUGGAUGAGGAGGAGGAGAUGAACGAAAUGACGAUUCUUCCAGGCGACAACUUGCUGCUGGCAGCAAAGACCGAAGACGAUAUCUCGCAUUUGGAGGUGUAUGUCUACGAAGAGGUGGAGGACAACCUGUAUGUGCAUCACGACAUCAUGCUGCCGAGCUUUCCGCUGUGUUUGGAGUGGAUGGAUUUCAGGGUGGGGUCCAAGAAGGAUUUGGGGACGCCGGGGAACUACGUUGCUAUCGGUACCUUCGAUCCAGAGGUGGAGAUUUGGGAUUUGGAUACCGUAGAUGCGGUCUACCCAGAAUGUGUUCUCGGUGAGAGCAGCUCGGCGUCGCAGUCUUUAUCAUCGGGAGACGGAGGCAAGAAGAAGAAGAAGAAGUUUGGGCCAGGACGGACAGCCAAAUCCGCGAACCCGUACACCCACGUCGAUGCCGUCAUGGCCAUCUCGUGGAACAGCAAAGCACGUAACCUGAUCGCCACCGGAUCUGCAGACACCACCGUAAAGCUGUGGGACCUCGGCGGUUCAUCAACCGCCAAGGCCGUCCGCUCCUUCUCUCAACAUAAAGACAAGGUCCAAGCCGUCGCAUGGAACCCCGCGGAACCCACCGUGCUCCUAACAGGAGGAUAUGACAAGCGCUGCUGUGCGUUCGAUUCCCGCGCGCCCAACGCCGUCACGGAGUUCAAGCUGCGUGCGGAUGUCGAGUGCGUCAAAUGGGACCCCUGGCACUCGGAGAGGUUUUUCGUAAGCACCGAAGACGGGUUGGUGCAGUGCUUCGAUGCGAGGAAUAAUGCCUCGCAGGCUGUGUUCACCCUGCAUGCGCACGAUGCCGCUGUGUCUGCAAUGGACAUUUCGUCGCAAGUGGAGGGUCUGUUGGUCACGGGUUCGACGGAUAAGAUGGUCAAAGUGUGGAAUAUCAAGGAGUCGAGGCCAAGCUGUCUGGUGUCCAGGGAUUUGGAUCUGGGCCGCGUUUUCGCAACAACAUUCUCCCCGGACGCCCCAUACACCAUCGCCGCAGCCGGCAGCAAAGGCAAAGUUCUUGUAUGGAAUCUCGAAAACAACGCCGGCGUUCGUCGUGCCUUCAACGCAAAGCGAUCAGACGCGGAGGCAGAGGUCGCCGCGCCACCGAGAAAAGAGAUCACGGGUGUAGAGUCGGACGGGGAGGGCGAGGAGGAUGAGGACGAGGAGGAGGGUGUGCCGAUGGAGGGCGGGGAGGGGAUGGAGGUCGAUGAUGACGAGGAGGAGAGCGAUGAGGAUCACGUUUGAGGCUUUCGGCGGUCAAUAUGCGUAGAACCCACGUAGUUUAGUGAUCAAUAGGCGUAGGGUCGCGAGCAUGUGU